AUGUCGGCCCACCCAGACUACAAAGCAUCCCUGCUCCCCCUCCUCAUAUCCAACAAAGUCCUUUCUUUCGGUACCUACACCCUCAAGUCCGGCCGUGAAUCCCCCUACUUCUUCACCUCCUCUCUCCUUCACACUGCGCCCCUCCUCCGCGCCACCUCCGCCGCCUACGCGAGCGUCCUCUCUUCCCCGCCCUUCGUCACCACCACCGCUGACGGAACCAAAACACCCAACUUCGACAUUGUCUUCGGCCCAGCGUACAAAGGCAUCCCCAUCUGCGCUGCCGUAGUGAACGAAUUGGCUGUCCGUGAUGAUCUGUCCGCCUCGCCCAAGGGAACUUGGAACAACGUUAGCUACUCGUUCAACCGCAAGGAGGCCAAGGCCCACGGUGAGGGUGGGAACAUCGUUGGGGCGCCGCUGAAGGGCAAGAGGGUUGUUAUUGUCGAUGAUGUGAUUACGGCCGGGACGGCGCUGCGCGAGGCUGUUGGCAUUAUCGAGAAGGAAGGUGGUAUUGUCUCUGGUGUUGUGGUUCUCUUGGAUCGGGAGGAGAGAGUUAGUGAAGGCGAGGCGAAGAGUGCUGUUGGUGUUGCACAGAGAGAUCUGGGCGAGAAGGUUCCUGUCCGCGCUGUCAUUGGUCUUCAUGAUUUGAUUGAGAAGCUCGGUGGUGACAUUGGGGAAAAGGAGAUUCAAAGAUUGAAGGACUACCAGGCACGCUACGGUGCUCAAUAG